AUGAAUUGCCCCUCGCGGACUGACGAUACACUCAAAAAUCCGAGCUGGAAUCAAAGCCCACCGCCCUUCAGCCCGGAUACGACUAUGCGAAAUGAUUUCAAUGGUCUAGCCAAUUCUAGAGUUCAUCGCAGACAUGCCAAUUCUGCAAAUACAGGAGAUGACCCAUUAUCUAUCGACAGUCCGAACAGUCGACAAGAUCCAGAUCCCGGGAAAGAAACGGUCACCGGUGGCGAAGUGAUCGCUGCGGACUCGGGAGGUGAUAUACCCCCGAGGAGCAGCGGGUCACCUCGCCAUCCUUUUUUUACUUUUUUGACAUCCUCUACACUGCACUGCGCUCGAAGCUUGGCUAAAUUCAGCCGUUUCAUUGGCCCUGGUUUCCUCAUUGCAGUUGCAUAUAUCGAUCCGGGAAAUUACGCCACCGAUGUUGCAGCUGGUGCAGAUUUCAAGUAUGCCUUGUUGUUUAUUGUCCUCGUUUCCAACCUAUUUGCGAUUCUUCUGCAGUCCCUAUGUAUCAAGCUGGGCUCUGUGACUGGUUUGAAUCUCGCCGAAAAUUGCCGAGAGCACCUUCCGAAAUGGCUAGUGAUUUGCCUCUAUAUCCUCGCGGAAGCGGCCAUUAUCGCAACUGAUAUUGCAGAGGUGGUUGGAUCAGCGAUCGCAUUGAACUUAUUGUUCAAUCUCCCUUUGGUAGCUGGUUGUGCUAUCACAUUGGUGGAUGUUCUUUUCAUUCUCAUUUUCUAUCGACCUAGUGGGAAGAUGUGGGGUCUUAGACUAUUCGAGUUCUUUGUCAUGGCUUUGGUACUAGGUGUUGUUGUUUGCUUUUGCAUUCAGCUCUCUCUCAUAAAGGACCAGUCAGUUGGUGAAGUGUUCCGAGGAUAUCUACCAUCUUCGGCCAUCGUGCAAUCGGAAGGCCUUUACCAAAGUUGUGGAAUCCUCGGUGCCACUGUUAUGCCACACUCCCUAUUUCUUGGUAGCGGUGUGGUUCAAUCCCGUCUCAAGGAAUUUGAUGUCAAUUCCGGUUACGUUGAGUCUACUGUGCGUCUAGGGAACGCCGACGGCGAAGUGAAAUAUCGCCCAUCGAUCUAUGCAAUCCGUGGCUGCAUGAAGUACUCAAUCAUCGAGUUGUCGCUAUCACUUUUCACAUUCGCCCUGUUUGUGAACAGCGCAAUCCUAAUUGUCGCGGGUGCCGCUCUUUAUGAUGUUCCUGGUGGAGGCAGUGCCGACCUCUUCGGAAUUCACAGCCUGCUCUCAAAGUCGAUCGCACCAGCUGCCGGCCUAGUUUUUGCCCUCGCUCUGCUACUGUCAGGUAUUUCUGCUGGGAUCGUCUGUACAAUUGCUGGUCAAAUGGUGAGCGAGGGGAUGCUGAAUUGGACCAUUAAACCGUGGCUUCGAAGACUCAUCACUCGCUCGAUCAGUAUCAUUCCUAGCAUCAUCAUUGCUGCGUCUGUUGGCAAGGAGGGCAUUGACAGGACUUUAACUGCGAGUCAGGUUGUUUUGAGCGUUAUUCUGCCAUUUGUCUCGGCUCCCCUUAUCUGGUUCACUUGCCUCAACCGCUACAUGACUGUCCGGACCGAAGAAGCUUCCGAGCGAGAGGGUGAAGUUGAAGUGAUCACAGUUCCGAUGCGGAAUGACCUACUCACUUCUGUGGUUGCGGUCCUUGUGUGGAUUGUUAUCGUUGUGAUGAACGUGGCCCUACUGGUGCUGGUGGGAAUGGGCAAGGCAUCUUAA